CUCUAUUACAACUUAAAAUCAGAUUCUUCUUCCUCUCUAAACAACAACAACAACGAAAUUUUAAUUUCUCCUUUCUUUCUUCUUUAUCUCCUCUCUCUCUCUCUUCAAACACAAAAUCGAAAUAUGACUCGAUCCUCUAGAUUCCUAGGAACAGCGGCGGCGCCGCCACCGCCGGAAGAAAUCCUCGCCGCGGAAACCGACAUGGUUGUGAUUCUCUCAGCUCUUCUCUGCGCUCUCGUAUGUGUAGCCGGUUUAGCCGCCGUAGCUCGCUGCGCCUGGAUCCGCCGUCUCGCCGGCGUUAAUUCCUCCGCCGUAGGAGAAUCUCCGCCGCCGAACAAAGGCCUCAAGAAAAAAGCACUUCAAUCUCUCCCUAAAUCCACCUUCACCGCCGUAACAUCUGCCGUCGAUUCGCCGUGCUCUUCCUCCGGAGACGGAGAUUCCUCCACCGAGUGUGCCAUAUGCUUAACGGAAUUUGCCGACGGCGAAGAAAUCAGGAUCCUACCGCUCUGUAGCCACGCCUUCCACGUGGCGUGCAUAGACAAAUGGUUGACUUCUCGGUCGUCGUGUCCUUCUUGUCGUCGGAUUUUGGCUCCGGUGAAGUGUGAUCGGUGUGGCCACCACGCUUCUACGGCGGAGACUCAGGUCAAAGAUCAGCCUCCUCCUCAUCAACAUCCUUCACAGUUCAUUUCCGCCAUUAUUCCUGCUUUUCUUCCUUGAAAAGUUUCCACUUUUUUCUUUUUAAAAUUUGCGAAAAAUCAUCGGUAUGAUUAUCAAGAAAAGUAAAAGUAUUAUUAAUUAAUUAGAAUUAGGGAUCUUUUAGUUACUUGGACUUUUAGACUGUAACAAUGUUAUGAAUCUUAAAUCUUUUAAUGAUUCGA